AUGGCGGCGCAUAUGUGUGAUGCCUACAGAGCGCCGAGAGUAACAGGGCGGGGUGCCGCCGCGAUCUUUUUUCUGGCUGCGUUACUUGUGAUGACAGAGUCCGAAACGGAGAGGGACGGCAUAUUUUGUGAUGUGCUCUUGUUGCUAUUGCUCCUCUCGCACCCCCACCCUUCCGUUUCUCUCUCCCGGUGUGUGGGAACAGGCGUGAUCAUUGUAGGAGUGGGGAUGCUGCAGGGCACUGGCAGACGUCUGUUUUCAACGUUCGCACUGAACCCCGAGACCACCGUCGCACCGCACGGUCCUCCGCGCGGUCUCAUCAAUCGAUAUGUGUCCAUGGGGCUCCCCCCGUGGGCGGCGUGGUGCAACAAAGUCAAUCGCUAUUCGCUUUACCGUAUGAGUGGCGUGGCCCCGCGCACCCUUCUGCCAAAGGCCCCGCAUGAAAUGGAUGUCAUUUGGCUUAAUGAGCGCGUUCGAGAGCGAGUACGAACCUCUCGAGGGGUUCAGAACGUCUAUCGGCAACUGAAGUACCCUUACGUGAAGACCGGCAUACACUACAGUGACGUGCUGUGCCACUGGGUGCAGGUGCCCAUGGUGGAGGCGGCGAUGUUUGAGGUUGAGAAGGACGGCGGUUUUGACAACUUCGUCUUGAAGCGAUCUGGACCCGAGUUGCGCUCAACAUACGGGGAGCGGGUCCGGCGGCACAUUUUGGUGCGGCAAAAGGAGAUUCGGAAGAAUUUUGUUUUGGACCAGCAAGCGAAGCACCUGGCGGAUGCCAUUUGCGGGGAGGUCCUGUCCUUGCGGGAUGAAAGUGCAGCUGAGGCGGUGCUGGCGAAGUACGGGAUUGAGAAGAAACGAUUCCUGGAGGAGCUGGCGCGUAUCGUCGUCGCGCGAAAGGAGAAGGCGAAUGCUGUAGCCGUGACGGCGGAGGAGCCAUUGCCAUGA